CUAUAACUGGCCCUUAUUCUCCUGCCUUGGGCUGGGAUCUGUCUGUUGGACUAUACAGGGGGCUUUUUGAAUAUAAAUAACCUGAUGAUUCAUGAUCCUAUGACCAGCGAGUGGGCUAUCACUGUCACCUUCUCAUUCCCCUUGGUUCCAGAAAGCACUAUAGGGUUGAGGCCGGAUUGGAGGGAGGAGCAGGGGUAGGAGGGGCAGAGAAGAGGGUGGCUGCUCUCACAACUUAAAAGCACUUCCUCCCCAGACAGUGAGAGCUCAAGACCCGGCACAGCCUUCCUGUGUGGUUUCAGCCGCCCAGAGAGUGUCAUGGACCUGGGGAAACCAAUGAAAAGCGUGCUGGUGGUGGCUCUCCUUGUCAUUUUCCAGGUGUGCCUGUGCCAAGAUGAGGUCACAGAUGAUUACAUCGGAGAAAAUACCACGGUGGACUACACGCUGUAUGAGUCCGUAUGCUUCAAGAAAGACGUGCGGAACUUUAAAGCCUGGUUCCUGCCAGUCAUGUACUCCGUCAUCUGUUUCAUGGGUCUGCUGGGCAACGGGCUGGUUGUGCUGACCUACAUCUAUUUCAAGAGGCUCAAGACCAUGACUGAUACCUACCUGCUCAACCUGGCCAUGGCAGACAUCCUCUUCCUCCUGACCCUUCCCUUCUGGGCAUACAGCGCGGCCAAGUCCUGGGCCUUCGGCGUCCACAUUUGCAAGAUCAUCUUUGGCAUCUACAAGAUAAGCUUCUUCAGCGGCAUGUUGCUGCUUCUUUGUAUCAGCAUUGACCGCUACGUGGCCAUUGUCCAGGCCGUGUCGGCCCACCGACACCGUGCCCGCGUCCUUUUCAUCAGCAAGCUCUCCUGUGUGGGCAUCUGGAUGCUGGCCAUGGUGCUGUCCACCCCAGAGCUGAUGUACAGCGGCCUCCAGAAGAGCAGCAGCGAACAAGCACUGCGGUGCUCCCUCAUCACUGAGCACGUGGAAGCCCUGAUCACCAUCCAGGUGGCCCAGAUGGUGGUGGGCUUUCUGAUCCCCCUGGGGGCCAUGAGCUUCUGCUACCUCGUCAUCAUCCGCACCCUGCUCCAGGCACGCAACUUCGAGCGCAACAAAGCCAUCAAGGUCAUCAUCGCUGUGGUCGUGGUCUUUAUAGCCUUCCAGCUGCCCUACAAUGGGGUGGUCCUGGCCCAGACGGUGGCCAACUUCAAUAUCACCGGCAGCGGCAGCUGUGAGCUCAGCAAGCAGCUCGACAUCGCCUACGACAUCACCUACAGCCUGGCCUGCGUCCGCUGCUGCGUCAACCCUUUCUUAUACGCUUUCAUUGGCGUCAAGUUCAGAAGCGAUCUCUUCAAACUCUUCAAGGACUUGGGCUGCCUGAGCCAGGAGCGGCUCCGUCAGUGGUCUUCCUGCCGCCACACCCGGCGCUCCUCCAUGAGUGUGGAGGCUGAGACCACCACCACCUUCUCCCCGUAGGAGGCUCCUCUGCCAGGACUAGAUGGACCUCCCCCAGGGCCCCUGGGCUGGGGAUAGGGAGCAGAUGACUUGGGCUCCAAAAACUGCAGAGGGAAAAGCAGUCCUGGCUAUUAAGUUUUAUCUCGUGGGGAAAGCCUGUGCCGCAGCCCGGGCUUCACCCCGGCCCUAGCUACCUCCACCAAGGUUGCAAAGAGUUGUGGCCGAUGAGCCACACCAAGUCCUGCAACACUCCCAAACCGAGGCUGUUGUCUCCCAAACCAAAAACCCAAAGUGGAAGUCGGAAUACGGUCCACACUCUUGGGGUAAACAAGUAGUUGGUGACAGGUAGGCUGGCGGAGGGGGCCCGGCGGGUCCUCUGAAGGAAACUCCUUCUGACCUAGAAUGACAUCCUCCCUGAGAUUCAAGGGCUGAGACAAGGUCUUCCAGAAAACAAGGCUUUGUCUCCAAGACCAGAGAUGGUGGGGAGGCUUGGCAUGGCAGCGAGAGGAGGAUGCCAGUGGGCCCAACUCCGACUUUCUGCCUUCAUCGCUUUUUCCACUGUCAUCUGAGCCAGCAAGAAAUGGCAGCCUCUAGGCCUCCCCCAAAGCACACUUGCCCCUCGCCUGCCACCUCUCAUCAGGCUGCUGCCCUCCCAGGCUCUCCUCAGGGAGGGGUGUGGUGUUUCUUGCAGGUCAGGCCAGCCGCUUCUGCCCGGCCAAAGCCAUGCUCCCAGCCAGGACUCUGGGGCAAGGAUGACGUGUGGCCAGCCCUUCUCGGGUCUCAGCUCUGCUCAGAUGGAGGAGAGGGCAGGGAGAGGGGUUAGGGGCCACGGGGUGGUGACAGUGCUGGCUGCCAAAGACCAAUGAGCUGCUUUUUGUUCUUAGUCGUGGGGACAAAAAACUCUCAUCCUGUCCAGCACGGUUUACUCACAUACAAAUACAAGUUUUCCCUUGAGGAAACAACAGCUUUAAAAGAAGGGAACAUUUUUUGAUAAAUGACAAAUGGGCAUGUUCCUGUUUUGCAAACUCUCACUUCCCACCUGACCACCCCCACUCCUCUCUUUGCCCCGGUCUUCAUUGCUCAGAGAUGCUCGGAGCCACGAGGUCUGCCGAGCUAUGUCCUGAGCCCAUCCAAUGACGCAGCCCCAAGAGACUAAAAGAAGCAGGGGGAGGGGAGGCACAAGGUGCCUGUCUUGCAAAUGCCCUUCCAGAGCUCAUGGGAGAGGACCUAAGCCUGCACCAUCAGCAGUGAUCUAGAGACACGAGUGUGAGCUGACCUUUGGAAAGAACCAAGUUGUCCCUGUAACCUCAAUGGCUGGGAGCUCUCCCUGACCUUUAGGAACAUUGACACACUGAUCUGCUCAUCUGUCCCGACUCAGCCUGGAACCAGAGCCCCUGACCCUUUGUCAGUCCCUUCAAGUUCCCCAAAAUGGUGUUUCCAGGGAGGGCCUCCCCCUGGGCACAGAGACCACAGCAUGCUGGAUUAAGGGGGCUUGGGAUGAGACCCAUGUGAUAGGCUUACCCUUUGCUGGCUGCUUGAAAGCCAGGUUCACCCACGUCCCUCCCUACUGACCAUUGUUGCAGCAAUAGCCAAUGUAUGGUUACCCACCAUGGAGGGGCAAGAAUCAAGAAACAGCCACUGCCCUCCACAUAUAUCCAUGUCCCUGGGUGCCCUGAUGCCCAGAACCUGACCCCUCCAAGCCAGAGCGGAAGUUAGCCCAAGCUGUGACGUAUGAGGAGGGAUCUAAAGGGCCCUGAGCACCAAUACUUGGGGGCCUGAUGCGGGGAAGGGGGUGACAUUUAUGCAAAGGUGAUUCCAUCAACUUUACAAAGUGAAAAAAAGCCUGUCUGGUAAUGAAGCCCAUUGUCCAAUUUCACAAGCACAUUACAUUACCCUCUGCCGUGGGAUGCCCUGGGCACUGUUUGUCAGCCGGCCUCCAUACCGGGAACCGGCGCCCUGGGAAAAAGGAACCCGGCAAGGACGCAGUCAGCGUGGGGCAGUGCUUGCCGCAGCAGCAUUAAAUAUUAAAUGGUGCAGCUGCAAAUGUGUGUGCACGAGUGUGGGGAGAAAGGGGGAGCCCCAGAGUGCCUGUGGGACCCCAAAAGGAGCGUGGAGCCCACUGGUGUGCACAUCCUAACGAGGGUACAGGCAGGAAACCCAGCCUCAGUUCCUGAAGGGAGAAAUGUAAAGGAACGGUCGUGAACAGGAAGCCAGUCCAACCGCACAAACAUGCCACCUCAGCUUCAAAUACAUUUUUCUAAAAUAACUGGACAUCUCCAAGUAUUUACAAAACCCCAGCAAAGUUAAUUCCCCAAACUGCUCUAUCUCAGCUCAUUGCUGGCCUGGCCCCUGUUUCCUUGCCCAGCACCCUCAUGUGCCUUCAAUGAACUUUGGGGGACCCCUAGGAAGAAAGAAUAGACUCACUGGGGAGCACUCCCCCAAGGGCUUCUCUCUCUCUCUCUCUCAUCUGCUUCAUACAACCGCGCCGUCUUCCUAGGUUCAUGGCCCCCACAGCCCCUCCCCGUCUCCCACAGCUUCCCCCUUCUUUCCAGCUCCAGCACCUUGCCCCCCAGCUUCCCUGGCUGCAAACCCAGGCCACAAAUCUGCCCUUCCAGCCAGAAGCACCACACCUCUACAUGGUUUCACGGAGCUGCAAGGGGCCUCAAAGAUCCCCAAAAUGGUGUUUCCAGGGAGGGCCUCCAGCUGGCCCAAGCCCCAAUCACUCUCUAGAUGGGGAAACUGAGGCUCAGAGAGAGGAACUGACUUGCUUAAAUAGACACUGCAAUGUACGGAUACUGGAUAAACUUGCUUUGGGCGCCUGAGGAUCUGGCAAGAUUGUGGAGGCGGAUGGGGGAGAGCCGAGGCUCUGGAGACUGGCUGACUGUGAACCUCAACUCUAUUGCCUCCCAGCUGUGUGACCUCCAACUGUUGCUCAACUGCUCUGAAUCUCAGAUUUCUCAACUGCAAAGUGGAGAGGAUUUGGCAAACAUUUAGCACGGUGCCUGGAAUGCUGCAUGUGGCGGUGAGGAACCCAGCCUCUGCGGCCAGACUGCCUGGCUUGAAUCUCAGCUGCGCUACUGGUCUUAGUCUCUCCAUGCCUUGGUUU